AGAGGACGGAAAGCUAUCAAACGUAGAGGCAGAAAACAAAAGGGUAGAAAGGCUGUCAAACGAAGAGUCGGGAAGCGAAGAGGACGGAAAGUUAUCAAACGUAGAGGCGGAAAACAAAAGGGUAGAACGCCUGUCAAACGUAGAAGCAGAAAACAAAAGUCUGCCAGAAAACAAAAGUGGAGAAAGUCUGUCAAACGAAAAAGAAAACAAAAAGGAAAAAAUGCUCUCAAACGAAAAGACAGGAAACAAAAAGGAGGAAAGGCUAUUAAACGUAGAGGUAGAAAACAAAAUGGCAAAAUAGCUGUGAAACGGACAAGAAGUAAACAAAAAGUUAGAAAAACUGUUGAAGAUGUCAAAGUAACACCAAAACACGCUGGCUUGAAGACUCUGAGAACACGACUGAAAGGCAAGAAAGAAAUACAGCUUCCCAAACGAGUGAAAAUUGAGGUCGUAAAACACAAGAGUGCAUGUGAUAGUUCACCUUGUAAGCGUAACGGCCAUUGUGUUGAAACAUCAACCGGCUUUGCCUGUAUCUGCCAUGCAGGAUUUGGAGGUAAACUGUGCAAUCGAAGUCUCAAUCAUUGUAAGAGCUCACCCUGUAUCAACGGAGCAAAAUGCAUGGACAGGCUAGACGGCUUUCGGUGUCUGUGCAAGCCAGGAUUUGAGGGUCCUCGAUGUGAGCUUGUGACAGAUAACUGUGCCAGCAUGCCUUGUCGUAACAACGGUUGGUGUGUUCAAAAAGUUAAUGGUUACAAUUGCAUGUGCAAAGCAGGAUUUGAAGGUGGCAGAUGUGAAACACUGGUCAACAAUUGUUUGAGUUCCCCAUGCCAGAACGCCGGCCAUUGCAAGAACUCUGUCAAUGGCUUCACCUGUAGCUGUAAGAGUGGAUAUACAGGAAGGUAUUGUGAGGUUGACAUUAAUGAAUGUAUCAGCAUGCCGUGUAGAAAUGGUGGUACGUGUAUUGACGAGGUGGACAAAUUCGUCUGUGAGUGCAAGCCCGGAUUUGUAGGCCGUAGAUGUGAAGAUGAAGGCAAUGAAUGCGCCAGUCAACCUUGCCAGAAUGGUGGACAGUGCACAGAUAUGGUAAAUGGAUUUGUUUGCAAGUGCCGCCCUGGCUUCCGAGGGUUUAUGUGUGAAUUUGAUGUGGACGACUGUGCUGGAUUACCCUGUAAACAUGGCGGUCGGUGCAUCGACAAGAUAAAUGAUUUUGGAUGUCGAUGUCUUCCUGGUUUCUCUGGAAAGUUCUGCCAAAUCGAUGACGAUGAAUGUAAAAGCUCACCGUGUCAAAAUGGAGGCAAAUGUAAAGAUCUUCUCAAUGGUUUCCAUUGCAAUUGUCCUCCCGGAUAUGGGGGUGUUAGAUGCGAGGCAAAAACUAACGAAUGUGUAUCAUCACCUUGUAAGAAUGGAGGACGAUGUAAUGCCAUCGAAAAUGGAUUCCAGUGUAUUUGCCAAAAUGGAUUCGGCGGACAAUUGUGUGAAAAUGAUGUGAAUGAAUGUACCAGCCACCCUUGUAAAAAUAAUGGAGCGUGUGUAGAUUUAACCAAUGGCUAUCAAUGCAAAUGUGCGAUUGGAUUCAUUGGUUCUAGAUGUGAGAAAAAUAUAAAUGACUGCAAGAGUAAUCCAGUUUGUCAAAAUGGAGCGAAGUGUAUUGACAUGAUUAAUGGAGUAAGAUGUCGCUGUAGAGCUGGGUACACAGGAAAGCACUGUGAAGAUAAAAUAGAUAGAUGUGCUAAACAUCCUUGCAAAACUGGCACGUGUAUCUCAAAAUUCAAUUCAUUUAGAUGCUUGUGUCCGAAAACUCAUUAUGGAAGACGCUGUGAAAAGCCAAAUAACCCUUGUAUAUCAAAACCAUGUCACCACGAUGGAAAAUGCUCUCGAAGAGGCCAUAAAGGAAGAAGGUUUUCUUGUAAAUGUCAAAGGGGAUUCUAUGGACGAACGUGCGCUAAGAACAAGGAUGAUUGUGCAAGUUCACCAUGUCAUAACAAUGCUAAAUGUAUCGAUGGCGUUAGAAGUUUUAGAUGUGAAUGCAAGGAAGGUUAUUAUGGUGAACUUUGUUCAUUGACGAAGAACCACUGUCAAGUAAAUCAAUGCUACCAUGGAGGAAAAUGUAUCAAUACCAAUGUCGGAUUCAAAUGUGAAUGUACUAAAGGAUUUACAGGUCACCAAUGUCAGACCAACGAAAAUGAUUGUAGGACAUUGCCUUGCGAACAUGAUGGAAAGUGCAUAGAUAGCGUGCAUGGCUACUGGUGUAAGUGUAAGGCAGGAUAUGCAGGACAUAGCUGUGAAUACAACAUAAAUGAAUGCGCGAGUAUGCCAUGUCUCCACAAGGGAACUUGCGAAGAUCUGGUGAAUGGAUUCAAAUGUACAUGUACCGCUAAAUGGGCCGGAAGAUUCUGCAGCAAGCGAGCAACACCAUGUACACGAUCUCCUUGUCAAAAUAAAGGCAAGUGUCAGGUUAUAGGGAAGAAAGCGGUAUGUAUAUGCAAACCGGGAUAUUCGGGGGAAUUGUGUGAGAUUAACAUCGAUGAAUGUAGGAGCAACCCAUGUGCAAAUGGUGGAACAUGUAGAGACAAGGUGAAUGGUUAUACUUGCAGUUGUAGACUUGGCUACCAUGGCACCAACUGCCAGAAACUAAGUAACAAAUGUUUUCUGAAACCAUGCAAAAAUGGAGGGGAAUGUCAUGGCUUUUUAAAGAAUAAAAGAGGAUAUGAAUGCAGCUGCCAUGCGCCAUACACAGGGAGGAAUUGCGAAAAGAAGAUUGAUCGGUGCAAGAAAUCUCCCUGCAAAAACAAGGGGAAAUGUAAAAACAAUAUUAUAGAUGGUAAAGUUGUCGCAAAAUGCACAUGCGCUAAAGGUUGGAUAGGGGAGACAUGUAAGAAGCGUGUUGAUCCAUGCGCAUCUAAUCCUUGUAAGCAAAAUGGCAAAUGCUCAGCCUUGGGUAAGACCAAAAGACGAUAUAAAUGUAGCUGCCAGGCGCCAUACACGGGAAAGAAUUGCGAAAAGAAGAUUGAUCGGUGCAAGAAAUCUCCAUGUAGAAAUAAAGGGAGUUGUAGAAAUGACAUCGAAGCUGGAAAAGUUGUUGCAAAAUGCACCUGUGCCGCAGGGUGGACCGGCAAGAGAUGUAAAAAGCGUAUUAAUCCAUGUGUUUCCAACCCUUGUAAACAUGACGGCAAAUGCUCAGGUUUCGGUAAUGAGUACAGAUGUAAAUGCAUACCUGGAUUAGCUGGGAAAAACUGUGAAUUAGAGGUUAACGAAUGCCACAGCCACCCCUGUAAAAAUAACGGUCAGUGCGUGGACCUUCUUAACAGCUACAUGUGUGUUUGUGAUAGAAAAUACAAGGGCAAAAAUUGUGAAACAAUUAUAAAUCCAUGCGAUGAAAACGUUUGUAAGAAUGGAGCCAGUUGUAUUAAUGACAAAUCCAAAGAUGGUCUUAUGUCAUAUCGAUGCCGAUGUGUUGGAUUGUACCAAGGUAAACACUGUGAGAAGAAAGUGAACCCAUGCAAAAGUGACCCCUGUUACAAUAAAGGUAUCUGCACUGUAACAGAGAAUGCCUUCAAAUGUAAAUGCACACGAGACUAUGGAGGUAAAACCUGUAAAGACGAAGUGAAUCACUGUAAUUCCAGUCCAUGUAGGAAUGGGGGACACUGUUUAAACGGUAAAGGACGCACACCAUUUACCUGUAUUUGUCAAAGAGGUUUUUAUGGAAAGGACUGUGGAUUAGUUGUGGAUCUAUGCAAGGAAAACCCCUGUCGAAAUGGAGGCAAGUGUAGCAGUAGGCCAGGUGGCGAAAUAACGUGUCAGUGUCAAAAAGGUUUUACAGGUCAACGCUGUGAGUUUGCACCUUCAAAUUUCUGCGCGACCAAUCCUUGUAGAAAUGGAGGAUGGUGUAACAGUAAGUCCCUUGGUUUCCAAUGUGUAUGUCGUGCCGGAUGGACUGGGACUACCUGUGAAAUACUCAAACAAACUGAAAUUCCAACAACCACUGAAAAGCAGUCACCAACAACGACCAACACAAAAGAUACAACACCUGUAGAGGCAAUAUCAUCUAAGACUCCAGUGGCAAUACCUGCUGAGAUCACCCAUAUCCAUCGUGUUGAAGGCUCCAUGGGCGCAGGCGUAAUUGGGGCCAUUGCAGUAGGAAUGUCGGGAUUACUGAUCGCCGCUGGUCUCAUCAUGUUGUGUAUAAUUGAUAGACGACGGAGGAAUGUGGCAGUGUGUGUUUCCUGUAAAAAAGGUGAAAUCGAGUAUGAUCCUUUAGUAAACAACAAUAACAACAACUUUGACAAUUUCCAAGUAGGGGACUAUUCAUUUUCAUCCAUGCCAGGAGACACAGAUAGCGAAUUUGAAUUAGAGACAGACUCGGAUGAAGAAGACAAGGGACCCAACAAAACUCAAGAUCACAAGUCACCCGGAAAACAAAUUGUCACAUACACAAAGGACACAGAAAACGUUCAGUAAAGAAAUGAUAAACGAACUCUACAUAUGUGUGUAGACAAAUUUGAAUUCUUUGAAAGUUUCUGUGGAAGAAAAAUAUUUAAAAAAUAUAAUUUAUAAUAAUUUAAAA